CAACACACAGAGAGAGAUUUCUGAAGCGCGACAGGGAGGAGGAUGAGACAGUCUCCUGAAGGCGCUGGUGACAUCGCUCUGCAAAUACCAAGUUGGAGCCCCACGGAGGAAGGAGGGAGGCAAGAUGUCCGUGCAGCGCUCCUGCUGAGAGCCUCCCCGGUAUUCACCCAGGUUUGGUGUGGGGCUUGAGCAGGAGCUCUCAUCCAAGACCUGGCCAUUAGGGCAUCCUACCCCACCUCCGACCCUUGGGAUCCCACCCCAUGCCGUUUGACCCCCAGGGAGAAUGUCCCUACCUAAAAUCCAGAUAGAAGAGACCCUGGACAGAACAGAUGCUGGCACUGGAAGUGCUGUUCCUCCUGAUGAUCACCUAAGGAGCCUUAAGGCCCUGACUGAGAAGCUGAGGCUGGAAACAAGACGCCCGUCCUACCUGGAGUGGAAGGCAAAGCUGGAGGAGCAGGCAUGGAAGAGCCCCCAACCCGUUGGGGAUGAGGAGGGGAACGAGGCCAAAAAGGGCACAGAGGACACUGUCCCUCUGAGAAAUGUGCAGCUGCAUCUCAACGGGAGCCCUGCCCAGGACAAGGUGACACUUACCUCAGGGAAAAUAGGCGACUUUGAGAGCAUCGAUGAAGCUUUGACGUGGCUCAGGAAGGAACUGGCAGAAAUGCGCCUGCAGGACCAGCAGCUGGCCAGGCAGCUGAUGCGCCUCCGCAGCGACAUCAACAAGCUGAAGAUCGAGCAAACCUGCCACCUCCACCAGCGCAUGCUCAACGACGCCACGUAUGAGCUGGAGGAGAGGGACGAGCUGGCGGAUCUCUUCUGUGAUUUCCCCCUUGUCAACUCCUUCAGCCUCUCCACGCCUCUCAAGCUCAUCGGGGUCACCAAGAUGAACAUCAACUCGCGCCGGUUCUCGCUGUGCUGAAGAGGGAAGGAUGAGGGAGAAAGAGAGAGGUUUGGGCUCUCUCUGCCUAAUGGCUGGGCACAAAGAGGCCUCGGAGGGGCAGAGGGAUCAGGAGCAAACGGGGAACCCACCGCUGGUCUUGGUGUCAGGGCAAGGCAGCAGAAUAUGGCACCAGGAUGGCUCAGAGAUGCCCUUUGGGAAGAGAGGACCUGCAGGAAGCACGGAGAGCAUCUGAGCCCAGCGAUUGCUCUCAGCCUGUUCUUUUGCAAAGCCCCUUCUCCCCUUUAUCCUCUCCCUGCAGUAAAAAAGGUGGAUGCAUCUCCAGUGCGGUUGGUUGUACUCAGAAGUCCAAGGGGAGCUUUAAAGAUCAGCCAAAAAGCAAGGGAAACCCCCCCCUUCCCUUUUCUUUUAUCUUCUCCCAGGCUAGAGCUGUGGCUUCAGAAAAUACCUCUCUCUUCCCUAGAUGUUUCCUCAGAUCUCCAUCUUCUGCCUCUGCUGCUCCGGGCAGGAGGUCUCUGGGGCUGCUUCAGGUGGAAAGAUGGUUGCCAGUGGAAAGGAUUCAUCAAGUGAGGGACAGCGGGUUAAAUGUAUCCCCAAAUGCGGUGAGAAUGUGCUUUCUGGCUUGUUCUGUUGAGUCCAGUGUAUUCUACCUUAAUUUUGCCUGUGGUAUCUAUUAUGGAUGGAUUGUGGACACAUUUAUGUAGCCUUUAGAUGGACAGGAGUCACUUGUGUGCCCUAGAAUUUAUACCCAGAGCAAUACAUGUUCCUGAUCUCAUUGCCAGCCAUGGCCACAAGGCAACCUGCGGCUAGCUCCAAAAGUGGUAAGAUAAUGGAUGCAGUUUACACUGAUGAAAUCCUGUAUCAAAGAAGUCAUCUUAGGCUGACAUUCCCCCAGAAGUAGCACCAGCAAAUCCUGGAUUCUCUGUAGCAACACACAUCCAUCAAAGAAAGGACAUUCAAGAGGAGAAAAGGGACUUCUGCAUGAUGAGCAUCAAAGUGCAACCAUAAAAUUAAAUGGAGAAAUAUUGCGGUGAUGAGCUGCCGUCAGCAGGCUUUAGACCUGUAGCAGACACAUGGGAUUCUCUCCCUACAGGCAGUGUGUGAGAUGGAUGCUGUACUUUCUUGCCUUUCUGUGCACACUGCUGCACACUAUGCUGCAAGGCUAGGGACAUGAGUGGUCUAGCCACGGCAGCCCUGGGACAACUGGCACCAAGAUAGUCUGUCCAGAGGGUGUUUGGCUGUCUGUAGGCUUCAACACCUCUCAACCCAUCAGCCCUGCUCUCUGCCAGAGCAGCUGAAAGUGACUGUUUCCACGCAGCACCAGCCCAAGCUCUGGAAAUGAGCUGGACGUGUGAGCCAGUGCUGAGCUGGAAGCUGUGUGGCCAUUUGGAUGUGCCUCUGCCUGUACCUGGCCGUGUCCGUGAGCCCUGUGUGUGCAUCAGUAGUUGUGUGUGUGUGUGUUUGUGAGCCCAGAGGCUCGCAUCACGAAAGGGUUCAUGGCCACCUGGGAACAGGGGCUGUUUUCAAUGCCCUGUUUCCCGGGGCUCCAUUGGAUGUAACCCCACAGCGAUUCCUCCCUUCCAGUUCAUAAUUCACAGGGUGACAUUUCUUUCUGCUAUGGAAGAAGAUAUUUGGAGGGCACCAGAGCUCUGUCUAUACUAGUAAGUUAAGCAGUGCUGUGCCUGAAUGUUGAAACUUGUACUGCCCAGGUACUGAUAGGGUUGUGGCCAGACUGCCAGUUGGCCUCUGGACAAGACAACCAGCUGUGAUACUGUUUAGUUUACUGGUAGAAAAAUAGCCUUAUUUCCCCAUGGACAUUUUGAGGGGAAAAAAUAAAAAAAGAGAGAAGAAGAGAGAAGAAAAAAAGAAGAGAAGAGAGAAGAGAAGAGAAGAGAAGAGAAGAGAAGAGAAGAGAAGAGAAGAGAAGAGAAGAGAAGAGAAGAGAAGAGAAGAGAAGAGAAGAGAAGAAGAAGAGAAGAAGAAGAGAAGAAGAAAAAGAAAAAUCUCAUUGAAAUUCUUCUUUGUUUACUUUUUUAAUUAAAAAAAAAAAAAACUAUUGAUGUCUCAUCUGAAUUUUCAGAGGCAUUUUCGAUCAAAAAUAGCAGCGACAAAUUUCAGUGAAAAUAAUGCCUCAGAAGAGGGGGACUGUCUCUCUCUAGGGUCGCCUAGAAUCAAAUACAGAGAAUUCCUGCCUCUGGGCCCUUGUGUGGUAUCUGAAUGCAGAAGGUUAGUAUAAGCACAGCCUUUGGAGGUCAUUAUAUGUGGAAUUAGAAAUACCAGGCGUCUGGUUUGCAGACGUGUAUUUUCUGCAGCGGGGAUGGGGAUGGUUACGAUUGCCAGCUGUUCAUCGAAAUGCACAAUUUUUUUUAAUUAUAAAAUGAUGUCUGUAUCGA